AUGGAAGCGAUGACUAGUCUGCUUAUUGCUGAUCUGCCCUCCGAGGCCGACGCAGCUCAGCAAAAAGCAUUUGUGACGUACUCUUACCCUGAGCAGUUAGAUGACGACAGCACAUGGCAAGAGCGGGCAGUGACGCUACUUGAAGCGCGAUCAGUCAUCUCAUCGUCCGGAACCACUGGUCUUAGGACGUGGGAGGCCGCGUUACUACUCGGAUCGUAUCUUGCGUCCGAGACUGGCCGAUCAUCCGUACACGGAAAGAGAUUGUUUGAACUUGGUGCGGGAACUGGCAUGCUGUCCAUCCUUUGCGCAAAGCACCUGGGAGCUGCUGGCAUGGUUGCUACAGAUGGCGACGAGGCUGUUGUCGAUGCCAUCAAAACGAAUCUCUUUCUCAACGGACUUGAUGUCGAUAACAAGUCCCAGGUCCAAGUGCGGACAGCGGCACUGAAGUGGGGCUAUCCCAUCGACGCAACGACAUUUUCCGAAGACUAUGGCAUGGAAGUACCAGAUAUUGUGAUGGGAGCAGACGUCGUAAGCCAUCGUCAUUGCAUCGUCGUUGCAUCGUCGUGGAGAAGUGGGUUUAACAACGUCGCAGACAUACGACAAGUCCGUCAUACCGCGUCUGGUCUCGACCCUGAGAGAAUUCUUUGA